AUGGCGGCUGCAACCUCAGAGCCCCGGACGCUAGAGCGUCUCUGCUCGUCCAAAAUCGCCAAGCACCUCAAGCGCGCCUCGUCCCUGCUGGGCUCGGGCGACCUGUGGCAAAUGCACGCCGACGCGGAGGAGGCGAAGGCCACCACCCUCGCCUCUCAAGGCGGCGACGGCGCGGGUUCCGCGCGACGGCCGUGGAAAAUGAGCAGCCGCGUCGUCGCGCGCAUCGAGGCGUCGCUGUUGCGCUUCACGUGGCGGAAGCCGCCGCCUUCCCCCACCGCCCCGGGCAAACCGCCCAGAUCGCCGAUAGCGGCGAGCGUGACCGCCGAUCCGCCAGCAUUUUCGCCGAAAUCGCCCAAUCUCGCGUCGAGGAGGUUCAAGCAGCGCGGCGCCGCGGAAUCGCAGAUUCAGUUCCGCGUCUCCCCGUCGCCGCUCGUCUCUGCGGGAGUUGAUUCCGCUGCCGCCCGCAAGCGCAAUGCCUCGACGAGGGGGGAGCCUGUCGGUCGUGGGGCGUCCGCCGCUCGUCGCGGCAGGGCGAGCUUGAGCAUGGAUGAGGGGCAGCUGCGCGCAUGGCAGCAGCACGACGCAGCAGCGCCUUCAGACGUCGUUGACACAGACAGUCUCGGCAGGAAUGACGUUAACGGAAACGUCUUGUUCUCGAAGGAGGAGGCUGAAGAUCUGGAUGUGGGGAAAUCGGGUCGUGCUGACAUGGCAGAGCGGUCUUCCGCGCGAUUGGCGGAUUCCAGCGGGCGGUGCACUCAGAGCGGCCCGCUGCGGCGGCGGAGCGACGACAACCAGCCGAGCACCAGGGCCGCACGCAGCCCUGGUGCUAGCGGCAGCGGCAGGGCCGCCACGGGGAGCCCUGCGACUACCAGCGGCAGCGGGAGGGUUGCGGGGAGCCCUGAGUGGGUGGCGCGGCGCCUGGAUGCAGCCGCGGAGCUCUACCGCGCCAUGAACGGGGAGGAGGGGGAUGCCGCCAUAAACGGGGUCCAGGGGGGCGCCUCCGCCUCCGCCAGCGCGUGCCGCUGCCCAGUAGUGGUGCUGGGGGCGGGCACUCCGCACGUGCAGCCGGUGCUGAGUCAGCACGGGCACAUGUGGCAUGAGAGCAGCGCGUGCGCACAGUACCUCAUGGACAAGGUAGCAUCUGAUACAGCACACAUCUACAAGGAGUGGGCGUCAUACGACACGGUGGCAAACGGCUUCUUCUCCCUCGUGUGGCCCCUCAAAACAGACCCUCCCCAUUGCUCCCCCCUCACUCCUGCUCCUCCCCCACAGCACCGCAUCCCCUCGUCGCACAUCUACAAGGAGCAAGCGUCAUACGACACACACGGCAUCCCCGCCGCACACAUCUACAAGGAGUGGGCGUCAUACGACACCGUGGCAAACGGGUUCUUCUCCCUCGUGUGGCACGCCGUGCCGCGGCGCUGGCAGCGCCUGUUGGUGCUCACGUCCGCCUUCCACAUGCCGCGCUCCGCCCUCAUCUACGACUGGAUCUUCUCCCUCCACGGCUCCGGCUUUGCUCAUCUGCACGCUCCGCACACUUCUCACUCUCCGAACUCUCCUCCGCUGCUUUCACCCUCCUCCUCCUCCUCCUCCUCCUCCUCCUCCUCCUCCUCCUCCUCCUCCUCCUCCUCCUCCUCCUCCUCCUCCUCCUCCUCCCCCUCCCCCUCCCUCCCCCUCUUCCCCUUGCGUCCGCCACAUGGCAAGUGGGAGGAGUACAUUCCGCCCUGGAGGGCGGACGGAACAGGGGCGACUGGGGAAGGUGGAUUCAGGGGAGGGAGUUCUGCAGGACAGGGUGGGGAGAAGGCAGGGGGGAAUGGGGCUCUGUUGGGGGAUUCACCUGAUCAGGUGGUUUCUCAGGUGCCGUCACCUGGGGAUCCGUUGGAGCAGGGCUAUGAGAUUCGGUUCAUCAGCGCAUCGGACGCCGGCAUUGAUCCUGACAUGAUUCAGGCCCGGCAACGCAAGGAAGCGGACAGCAUUGCAUCAGCGCUCACCCUGCCACUUUCCACUGCUACUUGCAUUGCACCCCUCUCAAUUCUCCCUUGUCUGUUCCAUCCCCCUCCCUCCCAGGCCCGACAACACAAAGAAGCAGACAGCAUUCGCCUGCUGCUGCCCUACAUUUCUUCAGUGCACUCCCUGCCAGCCUUUAAUCAACACAUGAGACACAGCACCCCUCCCAAUUUUCCCUUGUCUGCUCAAUCCCCCUCCCAGGCCCGACAACACAAAGAAGCAGACAGCAUUCGCCUGCUGCUGCCCUACAUUUCGUCAGUGCACUCCCUGCCAGCCUUUAAUCAACAGAUGAGACACAGCACCCCUCCCAAUUCUCCCUUGUCUGUUCCAUCCCCCUCCCAGGCCCGACAACACAAAGAAGCAGACAGCAUUCGCCUGCUGCUGCCCUACAUUGCGUCAGUGCGCUCCCUGCCAGCCUUCCACCAUUACAUGCACACGGAGCACCGAGCAUACAACGUGCAGCACCAGGGGGAGUUUGGGCAGGCGAAGAGUGCAGAGGAGGCGACGUUUGAUCACAUCAAGCUGUGCUAUUGA